CUUCAUUCACGACUCAAUCGUAACCAUCAAAACAUCACGGAAUUACAUAAACCAAAGCAAAACCUGUCGUCGACAGUCUUUGAUCCUCUUUGGGGGCUAUACAGACAUUAUCCUUAAUUACAUUGUACUCGUGGCAAAUAUAGUCUGCAAAUAUGGCACCUCCAUCGAAGCUGGCAAUAGCGACGUCCGUCGUCCGCCGCCUGAUGAAAGAGGAGGCAAGCUACCAUAAGGAAAUCGAGCAGCAGCAGAUCCGAAUUCAGACGAUGGAAAACAGCGGCGACGGUGAGAAUGUAGAAUAUGAGCUAAAACAAGAGAAACAAGCCUUGGCAGAGACGAGGACGGUGUUGAUAUCGAUGAAGGGCAAGAUCCAAAAAGCCAUCAAUCAAUUAGAGGAAGAGAUUGUGUGUGGAGCUCUUAGUAGGCUUUGGAAUCCCCUCUGAUCAGUGAACUAGGAACAAAACCAGCACGUUGAUGAUGUCACCUCUGUGGAGGAAGUGGCAAAGGCGAAGGAGAUUAUCGCAGAGGCGAAGGCCAGAUAUGCUUCUUGAAACGAUAUUUAACCAGUGCUAUUGGAGAAGACAUCUUUGUCUUUAAGCCAUUCACUCCAAUUGUCAAGGGUUUAGCCUGGGCCUAGAAUGUUUAGAGUAUUUGCUUGGGUCUAAAAAUGUUUUGCACUGUUCGGUAAGCGUUGCUUCCAAAGGGUUUGUUAGAACCGUCAGAUGAGAAUCUCAUUCUUAUCGUUGCUAUGAUCCAAACAUGCUUACAUGUUGACGAUUUGACAUUAAUGUCCGAAAUCGAUCGGUGAGAAUGUUGAUUGUCUACAACAUGGUUCGCUAGGCAGCAAAUCAUUUCAGAAUGGAAUCUGAGCUGGGCGUGUUUUCUGAACCAAAACAUUAAUGUUAGAAUGUGUAUUCUAUGUAGUACGAUCACCAUCGUUAGGUUCCUCCAUUUGAUCAUAUGGUGGCAAUGGCGUAUAAUUUCAAUA